AAUUUCAGCUACGGGAACACCUCCCAAUUUGAUGAGCUCACCGAGUCAACCCGUUCUGAGUUGGCUCACCAAGAGCAGAUAACGUUGGCGUCAUCGCGUCAACGUUGAACGCUCCAUAACACAGAGCGUGAGGUAGAGUUUUAGGGAGAGAAGCUGAGAGACGCCUCUCUCAUGGCGUCUUCUAAUUCCUCGAAGAGUCCGAUGCUUCCGAUAUCGGAUCCUCCGCGACCCGAUGAUAAGGUUUUCAAAGGAUCCGCCAUGUCCAAGAGAGGAGCCUACGCUGCAAUCUCUUACAUGUCCUGCGCAGUUCUAUUGGUGAUCUUCAACAAAGCAGCCCUUUCUUCUUAUCAUUUCCCUUGUGCAAGUGUCAUCACACUCUUUCAGAUAAUAUGUUCAUGUUCUUUUCUCUAUGCAUUGAGACGCUGGAAGAUUAUUUCUUUCACACUUGGUGAAUCUUCAAAUGUUAAUGAUAGUUCCCCAGUUUUUGUACCGAUCACAACGUUGAUUCAUACCCUUCCUCUUGCAAUUACCUAUUUGCUUUACAUGCUAGUUACCAUGGAGUCUGUUCGUGGAGUAAAUGUUCCCAUGUACACUACCCUUCGGCGUACUACAGUGGUGUUUACAAUGUUUGUGGAGUAUAUUUUGGCUGGGCAGCGGUAUACAUCUUCUGUUGUUGGAAGUGUGGGCUUGAUUGUUCUUGGUGCAUUUAUUGCGGGUGCUCGGGACUUGUCGUUUGAUUCUUAUGGUUAUGCUGUUGUUUUCCUGUCCAACAUCACUACGGCAAUAUACCUUGCAACCAUAGCCCGUAUAGGGAAAUCUAGUGGCCUUAAUAGCUUUGGCCUAAUGUGGUGUAAUGGGAUACUAUGUGGACCAAUAUUGUUGCUUUGGACCUUUAUUCGGGGCGACUUAGGGAUGGCCAUGAAUUUUCCUCAUUUUUUUUUGCCUGGUUUUCUGGCCGUGUUGCUGCUCUCCUGUAUACUGGCAUUCUUCUUGAAUUACAGCAUAUUCCUGAAUACAACUCUAAAUUCAGCAGUCACACAGACAAUUUGCGGCAAUCUAAAGGAUUUGUUUACCAUUGGACUUGGCUGGAUGAUUUUCGGGGGGCUUCCUUUUGAUAUUUUGAACAUCACAGGACAAUUUCUGGGUUUUCUUGGUUCUGGCUUGUAUGCCUACUACAAGCUCAUAGGGAAGUAACUGCAUGAGCUGUUGGGAGGAUCGGUUUUUCUCAUUGGAGGUUCAAGUUGGUGCCUCCCUUUCUCCCCAGUUCUGGGAGGAUGACGAUGGGGUUGUUGAAACAGAUACAUACAAGGGGUUUUCUGCCUGGUUAGAACUUAGUAGCUGGUAGAAUUUUUUCUAGGGAACUGGGGCUUUCUUUUGCUCUAGUGAAUUAAAGAUAGAAUUGGUUUUAGAAACAGCGAGUGUACUAAAACAGUGGAUUUGGGUAUAUUCUAAUUGAUGAUUCUAUAGAAUUUUAAUUAUCACACAAAAAAAAUGGAGGAAAAACAAACCAUCAGGCA